AUGAAAGACAGACUCAGUGAUUUGCCGGACUGUGUUCUUCUUCGCAUACUCUCCUCUUUGCAUACCAAACAAGCCGUUCAAACAUGCGUUUUGUCUACAAGAUACAACAAUCUCUGGAAGCAUGUUCCUGUUCUUUCACUAGGUCCUUGUCUCUUUAAGACUCGCAAAGGGUUCACAAAAUUUGUGUCUAGGUUUUUGUCUUUACAUGAUGAAUCAACAGCGUUGCGCCGUCUCAGCCUUGAUCGUGACGGGUCUGUCUCCUUUCUUGGUGGAGCUGAUCCUUUUUCUGGGUUUCCCAUGUUGAAAAGUUUGAGGAUUUCUUGUUCUAAAAUUUUGGGUGAACAAAAUCUAUGCAUAUCAAGUAUCACGCUUAUACUAAGUUGGAGCCAGCUUCGUUCUAUUAAACACGUAGAGAUUUAUGCAUAUAUGUUGCAAAAUUUUGCACAAAUUCCUUCGAAUCUACUUGGUUGGUUGCUAGAGCUUACUGAUAUCAAAUCAUUGAAAAUCAGUUCGGACACUCUUCAGGUAUACCUUAAUACAGUAUGCAAGGAGAGACUGGGUGGACAUAUAGAAGCUAGAGGAAUCCAUGGUGCAUAA